AUGGAACUCGAGGCCAAACAGAGCGAUAGCCAAAUCCUGCUCUCGCUGAACGCACUGUUGGAAGAGUCCGUCACUGCACGUCAGCGUGAUACUGCCAUCCUGGCUAAGCUCAACAAUCAGAGUGAUGAGUUGUUGAAGAGAGUACAAGAGACGCCCGCGCAGAAACUCAAGAGCGUAUACACAUUCGACAAAAUCACGCCCUUCGAGAGCGGCGUAUUAACGCCCUAUAUCAAUGACAUGCACAGAUUGCAGCUAUCUAUACAGGAAGCGGUAUCUAUCGGGAUGCUCAAUGCGAUUAAGGAGGAGCUCCGCGAGCUGGACCAGGCAUUCCACUUGUAG